AUGUCGGAAGAGUCCAGUUCAGCCUACGUCCACGAAAAGAAGGCGGGGCACACUAUCGAAGUGCUCCCUGUCGACGACACUGUGCACGAUGAAGUCUUUGGAGACAUUGAGGGCAAGAAUGUGCCCAACUACCGCAAUGUUGGCUGGAUUGGCACUGCCGGUCUCAUGAUGAAGUCGAUGAUAGGCCUUGGUGUUCUUUCAAUCCCUGCGGUCUUCGAUGUUCUUGGUCUGAUUCCGGGUGUCAUCUGCCUAAUCGCGAUCGCCACCAUGACCACGUGGUCCAACUAUGUUGUGGGCCAGUUCAAGCUCGCUCAUCCAGACAUGUACAUGAUCGACGAUGCCGGAAGCAUCAUGUUUGGCAAAGCUGGUCGUGAGGCGUUAGCCGUCUGCUACAUUCUUUUCCAGACGUUUUGUGCUGGGUCUGGUAUGCUCUCCAUAUCUAUCUCGCUCAACGCUAUUUCGGAGCACGCUAUCUGCACUGCUGGAUUUGUGGUCGUGGCGUUGCUCAUUGUCCUGUGCGUGGCGAGCGUCCGUACGCUGCACAAGUUGAGUCCCUUGGCCUGGAUCGGUCUGGUUUCAAUCAUUACAGCCAUUCUCAUUGUCACCAUUGCCGUUAGUCUUCAGGACCGCCCAGCCGCUGCCCCCCAAAAUGGCCUUCCGUUCACAAGCGAUUACAAGCUGUUCGGCAGCCCCAGUUUCGCCCAGGCCGCCUCUGCACUUUCGUCACUUGUAUUUGCCUACGCCGGUACGCCUUCAUUCUUUGGCCUGGUGUCGGAGAUGCGUGAUCCUCGCAAGUACACCCGCGCCCUCAUCGUCUGCAACAGUGUUGUCACUUGCGCCUACGUUGUCAUCGGCGUGGUUGUCUACUACUACUGCGGUUCCUACGUCUCCUCGCCCGCCCUCGGUUCUGCUGGUCCCCUCCUCAAGAAAAUUGCGUACGGCAUCGCACUUCCUGGUCUCAUUAUGAGUUCCACACUCCUCACCCACCUGCCCGCUAAGUAUAUCUUUGUCCGCGCACUCCGCGGCUCCAAGCACCUUGUGGCCAAUACGUGGCAGCACUGGGCGUCUUGGCUCGGCGCCGUAGCCGGCUGUGGCAUCUUCUCCUACAUCAUUGCUUCCGCCAUUCCCGUGUUUGGCCCGCUGGUGUCCCUGGUCGGUGCGCUGCUGGGUACUCUAAUGUGCAUGCAGCCCAUGGGCUGCAUGUGGCUGUACGACAAUUACUCGCGCGGCAAGGAGGCUCCGACCGUCAUGUGGCGCCUCAAGGUCGUGUGGGCUGUCUUCAUCAUUGUCAUGGGCAGCUUCCUCAUGGUCGCUGGUACCUACGGCGCUGUGCUCGACAUCCAGAGCGCCAUGAGCGUCGGCGGCACGACGACCCCUUGGGGCUGCGCGGACAACUCGGGCACUGUCAAAUCGUCGUAA